CCGCCCUACCACUGCACCACGGCCAUAAAAACUUGGAAUAAAACUGAAAAAUAUUUAAAUAACUGUUGAUACAUUAGAACUUUCCCCCAUUUUCAAUAUGUUGUGAUCUACUAAGAUUUGCUUUGUAACAAUUAUUUAAUUCUACUUUUUGUGCCCCCCCCCUUCAUCUUUUUGGGGUUUUUUUUCUAACAGACUAACAGAUGCUCUUUUAAAAACAUUGAGUUUUGUUAAUUUUGGUCUCUCGGCUUGCCAUACUUCGUGGCUGACGUCACUCUCACGCGACAGCUCAUGUUUGAUACACGCUGGUGAAAGGUUCCGUUCCCUUUGGGUUUUCUGUCCUUGUGUGGACUAUGGGGAAACGACCGAAGUCCUCCGGGACCAAACCCGCAUCUUCGGAGAGCUUGACAGGGAUCGCGGUCAAGAACUUCGAGAAAUGGAAGAAAAGGUACAACAAAAAGAAAUCUCGAGUCAAACGCGAGCGUGCGCAGAAGAAGAAGCCAGACUGGCAGGUGGAACGCGAGUAUAUCCAGAACCUGGUUCGCAAGUAUGAGGACGUGGACUCGAACCAGGUGGUGAAGUUCUCUGACUUUCCCAUCUCCAAAAAGACUCUCCUGGGCCUGCAGGAGUCCCAGUUCCGACAGCCCACCGAGAUUCAGAGGCAGACCAUUGGGCUCGCCCUGCGGGGCAAAGACGUGCUGGGGGCGGCCAAGACCGGCUCCGGUAAGACCCUUGCCUUCCUCAUCCCGGUGCUGGAGUGCCUGUACCGGCAGCAGUGGAGCUCCAUGGACGGCCUGGGCGCCCUCAUCAUCUCCCCCACCAGGGAGCUCGCUUACCAGACCUUCGAGGUCCUCCGUAAGGUCGGCAAGAACCACGAGUUCUCUGCGGGGCUGGUCAUCGGUGGUAAGGACCUGCAGACCGAGGCGGAGCGGAUCCCUCGCACCAACAUCGUAGUCUGCACCCCGGGCCGGCUGCUGCAGCACAUGGACCAGACCGCCUGCUUCCACGCCAGCGGGCUCCUCAUGCUGGUUCUGGACGAGGCGGACCGGAUCCUAGAUAUGGGCUUCGCGGACACGCUGAACGCCAUCGUGGAGAACCUGCCCCGGACCCGGCAGACGCUGCUGUUCUCUGCCACGCAGACCAAGUCCGUGAAAGACCUGGCCCGGCUCAGCCUCAAAGACCCAGAGUACGUCUGGGUCCACGAGAAGGCCCGGUUCAGCACGCCUGCCUCGCUGGAGCAGAGCUACGUGGUGUGUGAGCUCCACCAGAAGGUGGACCUGCUCUUCUCCUUCAUCCGAGGACACCUGACCCGGAAGAUCAUCGUCUUCUUCUCCUGCUGCAAACAGGUGCAGUACCUGUUCCGGACCUUCUGCCGCCUUCGACCCGGCAUGCCGGUUCUGGCUCUGCACGGCCGGCAGCAACAGGUGAAGCGGGUUGAGGUCUACAACGACUUUGUCCGGAAGCAGAACGCCGUGCUGUUCGCCACUGACAUCGCUGCCAGAGGUCUGGACUUCCCCGCCGUCAACUGGGUUCUGCAGUUUGACUGUCCAGAGGAUGCAGACACCUACAUCCACAGGGUGGGCCGCACGGCCCGCUACAAGGAGGGCGGGGAGGCGCUGCUCCUGCUGCUGCCCUCUGAGGAGGAGGCCAUGGUGGCGCAGCUGCAGGAGAAAAAGGUCCCCAUUAACAAGAUCCAGGUGAACCCCGAGAAGCUGCAGAGCGUCCAGCAGAAGCUGGAGGCCUUCCUGGCACAGGAGAAGGAGCAGAAGGAGCGGGCUCAGCGCUGUUUUGUCUCCUACCUGCGCUCUGUCCACCUGAUGAAGAACAAAGCCGUGUUUGACGUCUCCAAACUCAACAUCAACCAGUACGCCCUGUCGCUGGGGCUUGCCGUGGCGCCACGGGUACGCUUUCUGCAUAAAACUCAUGUACAAGAAAAGAAAGAAGAGGAGGAGGAGGAGGAUGAAGAGGAGGAGGAUCUGCGCAGCUUCAAGGCCCGCCUCAAAGGAAACUCUUCUCCAGAAGAGAACCGAGACUCAGACUCAGAGAACAGUGAAGAGGAUGAAGAGGAUGGAAGUGAGGAAGAUGUGCAGUCUGAGGAUGAAGACGAGGAGGACCUCCGAGACCUGGACCUUCUGACGGUCAAAAGAAAAGAUGUGUUCGGUCUGGACCCGCAGAGCUCAGACGAAGCCGACGGCGUCCCGAAGAAGAGGGGUAUGGCCAAAGAGACAAAGUUCAAAGAAGCCAAAAAGGUUCUGAAGAGGAACUUUAAGGUGAACACCAAGGUGACCUUCAACGAGGAGGGAGGGGCCGUGCAGGUGUGGCCACCGGUUCAGCGUAAGGCUGCUGGCGAGGAGGAGGAAGAGGAGAAAGAGGAGGAGUCGGGAAUCAAUGUGGAGAAGGCCAAGGAGAGGCUGAAGAGGGAGGAUGAGGAGUUUGACAAGCAGGAGUACAGCCGCAAGGUGAAGGCCAAGCACAGGGAGAGGAGGCUGAAGGAGAGGGAAGCGCGGCGCGAGGCCAGCAAGCGUGGAAGGCGCCAAGAGGACGAAGAGGAGGACGAGGUUGUGGCCUACCUGGCCAAUCAGAGCGACGACGAGUUUGACCCCAGCUCUCUGCCGGACCCAGACAAGCUGCAGCCUUCAGAAGAGGAGGAGGAGGAAGAGGAGGAGGAGGACAGGGGCUCUGCCAAACAUUCACACAGGGUUGAAGAUGAUGAAGAGGAGGAGCUCACACCAGAGAAGAAGAUUAAAAUGGAUGAGGAGGAGCCCCCAGCUCUGGACACUGGUCUGACUCUGGCUGAGGAUGAGGAGCUGGUCCUCCAGCUGCUGAGAGGACAAAGGUAGAACCCACUGAACUGGAACAUGGACCCGAGCUCGGUUCCUCUUGAGGGAGCAUCCCAGUUCUGAGCUUUUUAUGAACAGAUGUCUUCAUCCUGACUCACACCAUCAGAGAUUUGGCGAUGCUUUCCUCUCACGGAUCUCUGACAUUCAAGUGUUAAGGAGUAGAAAAACCCAGAUGUUUGUGUUUCCAGGACAUUCUCUCUGCAUCUAUUUUCAUUUCAGUUCAUUGUUAUAUAUUUUCAUUUGCCCUAACAAAUUAAAAACAAUUCAACUCCUUCCAAUAA